UGCUGCUUGCCGCCGCUGCCGCUUCUCUGGCUGGCUCAUUCUCCCGCGCGCUUCCUUCCUCGCUAGAUGGUGUGCGAGACACCCGAGACUAGACACGCUCCGGACGCGGCCAGCGAGAAGCUGAGCGAGCGAGAGAAAGCCAAGAGGCGGCAGCGGGAGCAAGAGAGCCGGAGAAGCGAAGAGGAGGACGUGCAGCUUGGCCAGGACAGAGGAAGGCGGCUGCUUUCUGCCUUCGCGUCUGCCCGCCUGUUUCGCCGGGGUCGACGCGGAACUAGAGCCGCGAGCCGGAGCGCAGCCUUCGCGAGGGCAUGGACGUGAUGCUCCUGGUCCAGGGCGCUUGUUGCUCCAACCAGUGGCUGGCCGCGGUGCUGCUCAGCCUCUGCUGCUUGUUGCCCUCCUGUCUCCCCGCCGGCCAAAGUGUAGACUUCCCCGGGACGGCUGUGGAGAACCUGGUGGUCCGGAAAGGGGACACGGCGGUGCUGAGAUGUUACUUGGAAGAUGGAGCUUCAAAAGGUGCCUGGCUGAAUCGAUCAAGUAUUAUUUUUGCAGGAGGAGACAAGUGGUCAGUAGAUCCUCGAGUUUCAAUUGCAACAGCAAAUAAAAGGGAAUACAGUCUCCAGAUACAGAAUGUGGAUGUGUCAGAUGAUGGUCUAUAUACUUGUUCAGUGCAGACCCAACAUACGCCCAGAACCAUGCAGGUGUACUUAACUGUAAAAGUUUCUCCAAAGAUAAGUCAUAUUUCAAAUGAUAUUGUGGCAAAUGAAGGAAGCAACAUCACACUGGCCUGCUUAGCUACAGGGAAACCUGAUCCUUCCAUCUCUUGGAGACAUAUUUCUCCAUCAGCCAAACCCUUUGAAAAUGGACAAUACUUGGACAUCUAUGGAAUUACAAGAGACCAAGCUGGAGAGUACGAAUGUAGUGCUGAAAAUGAGGUCUCAGUUCCAGAUGUGAAAAAAGUAAAAGUCACAGUAAACUUUGCCCCAACAAUUCAAGAAAUAAAAUCCAGUGGCGUCACUCUUGGAGGCACUGGAUUCAUAAGAUGUGAAAGUGCGGGUGUUCCUUCCCCAGCUUUUGAAUGGUACAAAGGAGAAAGAAAAUUGAUCAAUGGGCAACAAGGAAUUACUAUAAAUAGCUAUAGUUCAAGAUCAUUUUUAAAUUUCAACAAUGUGACAGAAGAGCAUUUUGGCAACUAUACAUGUGUCGCUGCCAACAAAUUAGGCACAACCAAUGCCAGCCUGCUUCUUAACCCUCCAAGUACAACCCAGCUUGGGAUCACUGGGGGCACAGAAGUUUUCUUGUCCUGCUGGUACCUUGUGUUGACACUGUCCUCUUACACCAGCAUAAUGUACCUGAAGAACAUCGUUCUACAAUAAAUGUAAAGAACCGUGAAAAGCUUUUAAGGAUUAUUUGAAAGUGCUGAUGACUGGAUCCAAUCUGGUAGAGUUGGUUUAAAAAAAAAACACGUCGUGGGAUAUAAUCAGCAGUGCUUAUUUGGGAAUGAUCGCCUUCUGUAGAAUUGCUCAUUAUGUAAAUACUUUAAUUCUACUCUCUUUUUUAUUAGCUGCAUUACCUUGUGAAGAAGUACACAUUGUCCUUUUUCUUUUCCUUUCUCUCUUUUUCUUUUUGAAAGAUGUGAAAUUAUUUUUAGAGGAUAUUAAUUGUGAGUUCAUGUUUGUAAUCUACAACGAUUCAAAAGCAUUCAGUCAUGGUCUGCCAAGGUGCAGGCAAUAGUUUACAUAAAAAGAACCCAAAUAAUUGCAGUUAAAAAUGUGAUCUUUAAGGCUGCAAUACAAGCAUUCAUUUCCCUAUUUAAAUAAGGUUCUAUCUAUAUUGACACAGAAUCUUUCUUUUUUUUACAGAAAAAGGCUAAAUAACAUUGGCUUUGAUUCAUCUCUUCAAACUAGAACACAUAUCGAGAUUUUCUUCUAGCAUGACACUCAGAUUUCAAGAAUGAGCUUUGUAAUAUGACUGCCCUGGGCAGUUAUGCUUUGAUUUUGAUUUUCUUGUCUGUUCAGCAUGGGUGUGCCUUCAUAAGAUACUGCUUUUCUCUUCCUCUCGGAUGGGAGAUUAUAUAAAUAUAUAUAUAUAUACAUAUAUAUAUUUUGGUAGAUGCUAAGUUCAAGGGUACUGAAUCUCUUAUUAAGAACAAAGGUGCUAUUCGGCUGUACCAGUGGGGAAAGGAACUAUUCAAACACUGAGCACAGAAGCAGACAGAGUAAAUAGAUGGUACUGGAAGUGGGGUUUUUUUCUUCCUUCUAAAUCUGUUAAAAACAGCAGAUAUUUCAGAGGCUUCUUUAUGAAUGUAGCCCCCUUUUUUUUUGUUCAUACUGUGUCAUGAUUUUUAAAAGACUGCAAAGAAAGUGAGCAUUCCUUUAUUUUACUCCGUGUUCAAAAGCAAUGUCAACAUUUGCGUUUCAGAAUUGUUCUUCCUGCGCAGUGUCUAGUAAUGAGAAUGGUCAGAAGGAUUUGAAACCUUCUUUUGAAACCCUACAUGCUUUUACGUUAAUAUACAUUGAUGGGCACAGACAUCAGGAAUAACCUCUAUUCCAAUCACAGGGCACAGAUGACACAUAGGAAUGUGUUAAUGUACCAUUGGUACUCAAACAUUUUCUUAAAGUUAGUUUGCUUAGAUAAGUAGUAACUGUUUCCUACAUAAACAUGUGGCUGAAGAAUUUUUCACAUGUUUGCAGUAACUGUGCCAUUAUCUUCACUGUUUUAUGUGUAGGUAGCAGAGAGAGGUCAUGUAAAUGCUGGAUUACGCUGUAUGCCAUGCAAUGUAGGGAAGAUGAUACGUUAUUCUCGAACAUGCGUAUUUAGAACUUACAAAAUGUAAAAUGGGUGCCUAAAAGAACUUUUCUCUCAUUUAUAUUUUUUCUUAAAUGCAACUUAUAAGAGGUCAGUAUUUUUUUUAAAAAAAUGUUAUGUGCUACAUAUCUGGUUGCCAUAGUGUUGAUUCUCUAUCUUUGUCUUAGUAUGACAUUGUAUUUUCUCCCAAUAAGAAGAACAAAUCUCCUUUUCUUAAAAGGAGAACAAUUCAGAUUAACCCCUCUUAAGUUAAAUGUCAGUCUACACAACCUAGCAAGGAACUUGUCAUUCCAAACAGAUCAUCUUUAAGCAGAAGAAAAAAGGGAGAAACUGCAAAUUUAUAGUAUUAUAUGUGUUUUGAACAUGCCGUGUGGCAAAAUUAACAAAAGAUUUUAAAAAUUCAAACAAUAUUCUGAUGUAGAGUAAGUGGAUACUUCAGCAAAUGCAUAGGCUUCUAUUUGGACUCUGACAUGCUGUACAGGGAGAAAAUUACUCUUGGCUACUUGAAUGAGGGCAGUUUCCUUUUUCCCCUCUCUUUUGCCUGGUUCAGGAUGAAUGAUAACAGCUUGUUUCCUUAAUUGAAGUUGCUGAGACAUUUAUAACCAAGUGCAAUAAAAUGACUCAUUGUUAGAUAAAGUGUUGUUUCUUAGGCAAAAAGAUUUCAAAAGCAAAACACGAUUUAGCAAUAUCUCAGAGGUCUACAGAAAAAGCUAUCAGGUCUCGACCCUUAUAAAUUGUAACUGUGACUUUAAAACUAAAUGACUAGAGUAUCUAUUUUUAAGUCUAUCAAAGCUGGACAAAAAGGAAAUUUACUGAACUUACAAAUUCAGCCUUUUUUUUAAUAUUCCCCAAAUAACACUGUUUGGGGAACCAUCACAAUCUGUUCACUUGUCUGCCAGGUUUAAAACAUAUUAUACCAUUCAGUAGUCUGCUCUCUUAGUCCAUAAAUAAAAUAUUAUUAGACUAAUAAGGGAAUCCAUUGCAACUAACAGAUGAUUCUUAAGAACAGGAAGAAUAUCCAUAUUAUGAAAGUUAAAUAAUUACAGCCUCCAGAGCUGGACUAUAAAAAUCCAGAUGCCCACUAGAUGGCAGCAAACAGGUGCAGACAUGAUAACUCUUUGCAGCCAUCUAGUCAUCUAGAUUUCUGCCAGGCAGAAGUGGAGGCGUUCUCAUAUUAUGGCUAUCAUCAUUCAGUGGAGCAGUCUGUAUUUUCUCUUUUGUUCUGCUGAUAAUCAACUGUUGUUAAAAAGGGGAGGGUUAACUAGAAAAGCUUGAUUGAACUGGUUUAAUGCAAUAUUCUGUCAUUUUUCUGCCCAGACAUUAAAACCUAUUAGAGUAAAGAGUGCAGGCAAUGUUUUCUGUGUUGCUGCGUAAGAGAUCUAAAAGCCUAUUCAUGUAUCCCCUACAGAAUGUUAUGUAUAAACCGUAUAAACCAAGAACAGGAUAUGAGUUUAUCAAACGUGCUGUGCUCCCUGUACCUUUCAAUGCCUAGAGCCAUUCUCUUUAAUUUCCCUUGUAUUGCAGCUUUAAAGUUCUAGAAUGCAUUUCACAGAAGCACGGAGCAAUACUGCAGAAUUUUCUGUCAGUACUCUCUUAAGGAAAAAGAAACAGUUCAAAGCUAUGUCACAAAUAGAGAACCCAGCAUUCCUUUUCACAUCCGUAGAGAGCUGCUUUAAUAGAUUCGUUUAUCCAGAUUCUAUAGUCAAGUUAACUGCUUUCUUAUUCCUCCCCCAGCACACGGAGGCUGCUGAUUCAUGCAGCAAACAGGGUGAUCUUAUUUUUUCUGAUUACUGAACAUGAAAAUACCUGUGAUAAAAGGAUUAGUAAUGUUUUUGUUUGUAGGGAAUUCCCACCACAAUAGCAGUUGGAAUAUAUUAGCUCAAUGUUUAGCCCAGCCUCUGAAUGUUCACUUGCAAUUGUUGAGUGUUUUCUUUUUAAAACAUUAAACCCCUAGUUAUAGGGGGGAAAACAUAGUAGAAAACCACUUCCUGAUUGUGUAGGGGAAAACAAUUGUAUGUAUAAAACUGGGUUUGAUUCUGUAAGUAUUUAUUAUCAAAUUUGGACUAGUUCAAUAAAUACUUUCAGGAUUUGCCUUGGAAAAGGCACCUUUGCAAAAACAUGUUCGGCCUAAUCCUAUCAAGACAGACACACACAUAAUUUUGCACUGAAUUGUUCCAGUAAUCAUUUUUUUAAUAGCAGGUGUCUGCAUAUUGACAGGAUUGCCCCACACACACACACAAGUUCCAGAUUUCUCUAGUAAGCCUUUUUUAUAUGAUCACUGUACAAUUUGGGAUUUAAUGGGACUUGAUGUGGAUUGUGUUGGUUGUUCAAAUUACAAUAACAUUUUACAGAGUUUAUUCGUUCUUAAAUUGUGGAGUAUGUUUGUUUCUGUUUCUUACAUGAAUCUGUGGUCAUCUACUCAAUGUCAUUGCUGUUUAGAUUUUUAAUCAACCACUAUUAUAUUUCUCCCAGUUGUGGAAUGAAUAUGUAUAUGUAUGUAUAUAUACAUAUAUAUAUAUGUAUAUAUUCCUGCACGGAUUGGAUUAGAUCCAAGAAAUGUAACUAAAGACUUAUUAUACAAAAAGUGUCCAAGUUUUGAAUUGUGACAAUCUUUCAGCUAAAACAAGACAAUUAAUUACAAUUUUAUUGUUACCAGAUUAACAUACAGAGAAACUGAGUGGUGCUGAUUGGAAUUAAGGAUGUCUUAAUAUAUGUAAUAUGAAUUGUCAUUUUUUUAAAUAGCUUAACUGGGAAAUUGCUAUGAAAAUUCAGUUGAAGUCAUUCUUUUUUGUUCUUCAUAUUGUUUUAAAUUACAGUUUGUUUCAGAUACAGAUGUCCUGAAAGCGCCAUCACUAACUGUGCAAUGCUAUUCAUAUUUACACUGGAAUAAGCUCUCUUGAAUUCAGUAAGACUUAUAUCUAGGUAAGUGGGUAUAGCAUUGCAGUCUAAAGUAUUGUGCUUUCUUUUCUCUGAACAUUUUCAAAAUCAGUAUUUAACAUUAUGCUGACCAAAAUACCCAUAUACCCCACAAAACUGUGUGCACUUAAGAUUGUGUAUACCAAAAUAUGAAUAUACAUGGAUAAAAAUGCCUUAAAGUUUAGUAUGCACUUACUUUCAGGGACUGGACCAUUUUUUACCAGUCUGAGGAAAAUAGUCCAUAUUUCAUAACUUGCAGUGGAAGGAUUGUUUGUUUGUUUGGGGGGAAAUGUUUUUACCCCAAAGGAGCAUUUGGUAAUUUCAAGUAUUAUUUCACCAAGAAAUUUCAAAGCCAUGGUAGUAAAACUCAAGCCUGAUAUUCCAGGUGGGCAGGCAAAGUUUUGUAAGAACAUGAUUAAUGUUGCAGUCCAAAUCUUUUUGCAUCUGGUGACAUUUUUGCCUUUGAUUUGAUUAAGUAGAGUGAUGGAUUCCAUCCGGAAGAAGUGGCAAAGCUUUCACUUUGAUCAUGCUUGCUAUUAGAUAAUUGGAUGGUAUAAACUCUGUCAGUCAAAACAUGACCUGUCAAAGGGGAUGUACUCCACUAACCCAUAUCUGACAGCUCACCACUGGAUGCCAACAAAUCUUAUGGUUGUAAUGCCAGUCCUGGACUCCAGAAGCAAGAAGGUUGUGAACUACCUAUUGGACUACGACAUACAGAUGGGCUUGAUUUGUUGUUCAGCCUGGUGUACACCAUAGCAGGAUUUAUCCUGUAGCUAUUAAAAGAAAUACUGUGAGUAUGGAAAUAAGGUAAAUUUAUUUCAGUUACAUUUGUAAAAAAAAAAAAAAAAUCCAUUGGUGAUCACUUUGUCUACAUCCUGAGCACAACUACUUCUCUUCAUCUUCCUUAAACAAGACAUCCUUCUUUUAUCUUUUCUAAGUGCUUCUUGUCUGUCUAAUAUGGAAUUUUGCCUCUGUCGCAAAACAAUUGAAUCCUUUGCAGUGCAGGCCAAAAGCUGGAAAAGAGAAAAUAGGACAGUGACAUUAUUAGCUUUAUUAGAAACCGAUGAGAGGGAGAGAGAUGAGGGAAGACAUUUAAAUUACAGUUGUUGGACAAAAGCAAUUUUAUGAUCUGUGCGUGUACCUUUUCCAAAACGUCUGCAGAGGGUUGUUUUUUGAAGACAGAGUUUGCAUCACUAGGGCUAUGCUAAUCUUUUGAAAGAGAUAUGAAGGAGCACUUACAAAGCACUAUUUUUAAGAGUUGAAACCAUCUCGUUUUUUUCCCCCAUGAUCUCAUGGUUGCUUCAAAAGCUGCUUUUAGCUAUCUCCACAUGAGACAAACAAAAUAGCUUCAUUGAUCAUUUGAAAAGACCUACUCUUGCACUUUCCAUAACAACUCUUUCAAAGAACUAGGGUGCUCUUCCUCAUUAGGAUUGGAUAUGCAGAGCAGGUGAUGAAUUUCCACUCAAUUUAUUUCAUUUGUAAGAUGUUGCCUUCUGUAAUGUAUCCAUCAUUCAGACUAGGGGUCCCCAACCUCCUGUCCAUGGAUCGAUACCAGGCCAUGGCAUGCCAGCAAUUGGUCCACACAAACAAGCAAAACCCCAUCCAUGGGAUGCAGGCAGCACACAAAAUCACGCUCCCUCCGGUCCGUGGAGAAAAACCUCUCUCCACAGAACUGGUCCCUGGUGCCCAGAAGAUUGGGGACCUCUGAAUUAGACAAUGAAUGUGACCAAUAUGAUCUGAUGCUAACAAUGCAAUUCUGUGCUUGUCUUGCAAGGGGAGUAGUCCAUCCACUAAGCUUUAAGCGUGAAGAACACAGUCCAAUGCCCAUCUAUACAAAAGUAAAUCCCACUCAAUUCAAGGGGCUUGCUCUCCUGUGUGCUUGGCACAGCAACUUAAACUAAAGAGUAAAAUUAAUAUUAUACAUAUUAGAAGUAUGGAUGAUAAACAGAUUGAUUCGAUUAUUUCCAUCUUCUACUACUAUGAAUGUGUAUUUAUAGAUUGGAAUGAGCUUGGGAGAUGGAGGAAAGCCACAGCCAGGUGAGCCGUGGGAUAAGAACUAGUUUAGCUUGCAAAAGGAAUGGAGGAGUGACACUCUCAAAAGGUGUUGUCCCUAGUUUCUAGGGCUGUAAGGAGAGAAGUUUACUUUCAAACUUGCAAGAUUCAGAUAACGUAACCUUACAAUAAAAUAGAAUUAUUUAUCUGACCUUGCUUCCUGUUUGAACCAUCUUGCAAGGCAGAUGACAAUCUUUAACAUUAACAAAAAUAGCUCUCAGAAUAAUGAAGUGAAGGUUAUUUUAUAGUUCAUAGAGCCUGAAAAUCAGAACUGUGAGGGCUUGAUGUACACUUUGUUUUUUUAAUGACUGUGGCACAUUGACUGGAUUUGGCAACCAGAAUCUCUUAAUGGACUGACUGCUAGAUUGGACUUCAACAGCUGCUGUAAUUCCCAGGCAGUGUAGUCAUUUAGAGUUGUACUUCCAUCCUUUUAGGAGGAUGCCGUGCUAUGGAAACCUUGCCAUCCCUAAGAUGAUUUUGAAUUCAUAAUCUCUGUUUUUGUUUUUUGUUUGCAAAUGUUCUGCUUUAUUUUAAUACGAGCACAUUAAUAUUGCUUAAAAACAUGCUGUAUGGAAAUAUAGGAACAUAUCAGAUGCAGCUGAAAUCUAAAUAAAUAUAAAUGUCGCUGUUAUCAUUUACAUGGGUUUUUAUUUUUUGGAGCUAUGCUUAGCUGAGAUAGUGAUAGGACCAUGAGCUCAGUAGGCUGGCAUGUGUUUUGAAUGUAGACAGUUCCAGAUUAAGUUCAUAUUAUCUCCAAAUGAAAGGUCCAUAUAGCAGAUAGUGUGACCAUCGUCUUCCUGCAAUCUUGGAGCUUUUGACUAUAAGUGUAAACCACUAGGCUAAAUGAACAAAGACAACAUGUAAAGGGGAGGGAACAAACAUGCAGGGAAUGCUAUGGCCCAACUGAAGUGAUCAGUGACAUUUACUACAUUUGCCCAUAAGAUUUAGCAACAAAAAUAUACAAACAUCUUAGCAAGUGUUGUAGGGGCACUUGCUAAUAUGUAUAACAUGAACACACCCAAAUAAUUGCCAUAAGAUAUAUGUACUUUCUAGGAAUGUGCCUUAAAAACGAUCCUAUUCCUUUAAAAAAAUGGGACUUUUAAAUUAUAUUUUAUAUAUAAAUCAAAUCUGUUCAAUUGACUUUUCUGCCCUAUACUCUCCAUAGCAAAAGCAAAAUGCGUUAUGCAGAUUUUGGGCCCUGAUAAACUCCCUAACAACUACUUGUGGAAAAUGUGGUCAGUGGCUCCUUCAGACAGAUUUUCUCAGAAACCAAAAUGACUCUUUAUUCUAAGCUGCUUUAGUCAAUGUCUAUCAAAAAAUAUGUAUCUCCUGUUGUUUUCAAUGAUGUGGAAAAUAAGCUUGCAAAGCCAGCUAUGUGGAUUUUAGAAUUUAAACACACGCACUUGUAUAUCAAACAUAGCUGACACAUUCGCUGAAGAUUGGCAGGGAGAUAUUUGCAUAAGAGAAUAGUGUGACACAGUUAAUCAAGUAGACAGAUACUGAAAACCACAGAAAGUUUAAAAAUAAGUCAGACAACAUAGUUGAAUAGAGAACACACCAAGGCCUCAACUGAACAAGGAUAGGGGGGCAAUCUUCUUCUCUGGAAAUCUCUCUCUAGCCCAGUCAAUAUAACCAAUGGUAAGAAGCAUAUUCAGCCCAAAGUAUCAGGAGAAUACCACAUUGUUUCGCUUUGGUAGAAGGUCUUCUCCAACUUAAGUAGGUUUAGAACAGAAUUGGACAUCUUUUGAUUGCAGAGCAUAUUUGAUAUAAAAACUAUGAGUCUUUGUCACAUAAAUGGAAAGAGUCUUUCAUGCCUGUCUGGAUGAAAAAGAAUAUCUGAAUGAGAAUCAAAAGGACAACAGGUGGUUCUGUUUUAAUCCUAAUGAGUUUUUCUGCAUGUACCUGAUAAAGAUAUUGAUGUAUAUAUUGAAGAGAACUGGGACUAAGAUGGAACCUUAUGGUACCACUGCUUACUUCUCACCAUGUGGAUGUAGUACCAUUGAGGACUACUCGUUGAGUGUGGUUUGCCAGCCAGCUACAGAUCCAUCUGAUGGAUGUUGUC